CAGGAACUUCCCUUACAGCGCCCUCCGUCAACUCCCUCACCUCCGAAACACCCGCCAAACCAGGAAACUCUAAUAUACGCAUGAUGACUUCACGGUUCUUUGCCGCCAGCGACAGCUCUAGCGACGAGUCGAGCGAGGAGGAGCUGUACAGUGACGGAGAGGAAGCAUCUGAGGAGUCAAGCUCCGAAGAAGAGUCCGGAGAGGAGGGAUCGGAUGAGGACUCGUCCGACGAAGAAACCGGUGCGAAUCGUUUCCUGAGAGAUGCAAGCGAAGAGUCGGAGAGCGAGGACGAGGACCGGGUUAAGCAAUUAAAGAGUGCGAAGGACAAACGCUAUGAUGAACUAGAGGGGACGAUUCGAUUGAUCGAGAACGCGGAGAAGAUUAAUGACUGGGCAGUUAUUUCUACGGAAUUCGACAAGUUGAACCGCCAGAUUGUCAACCUGAUCAAGCAAAAUGAUGGCAAGGUGCCGAAGCUCUAUAUCAAGGCCAUCGCCGAUCUUGAGACGGUCAUGCUCGAGACCAUCGAGAAGCAGAAGGUUACGCCGAAGAAGAUGAACGCUAUCAAUACUCGCGGUCUCAACGCUGUGCGCCAACGCGUCAGGAAGAACAACAAGGACUACUCCAAGGAUAUUGAUGCUUACAGGGAGGAUAAAGAAGGCUUCAUGCGCGAGGAGAUCCUCGAGGAGACCACACCUACUACGAAGAAGCCUAAGCGGACGCUCGCCGAUCCUGGUGAGCUUAUCACAGCGGCCGACGAUGAGGGAUUUACCAUGGUUGGGGCUGGCGGCAGAGCUGUGCAGUACACCCCAGAAGGCAUCCUCAAACAUCUCAGAUCUAUUGUGGACCAGAGAGGAAGGAAGAACACAGACAGGCUUGAGCACAUUAGGACUUUGGAGAAGCUAUCCGAUGUAGCGGUCAAUGAUUACCAGAGGAUUAGGAUUUUGUUAACGCUCAUCUCCACUAGAUUCGACUUAACUUCCGGCACCGGUAAUCAGAUGUCCCAAGAGCAGUGGAAGUUGGCUGAACAGGAUUUCUCCAAACUUCUCCAGAUCCUCGAGGGCACCAAGGACAUUGUCGUUAUCGAGACCGCCGAAGAAUGGGAGGAUGACGAUAAACUGCCAACUAUCACUCCCGGGGAAAUCUUCCGUGUCCCCGGCAGUGUUGUUUCCUUCGUCGAGCGACUUGACGACGAGCUCACUCGGUCUCUUCAGCACAUCGACCCCCACACGGCUGAGUAUGUUGAACGUUUGACGGACGAGGGUGCUCUAUACACCGUCCUAGUCCGCUCCCUCGUGUAUGUUGAAGACCUAAAGAAGAACCCCAAACUCGACCAAUCGCAAGAAGGCCUGAACCGAGUGGUUAUGCGGCGAUUGGAACAUGUAUACUUCAAGCCUUCACAAGUUGUCACAAUCCUCGAGUCCAACACCUGGAAAGCCAUCCCGGCUGGCCUCGACUCCGAGAUCACACCUCGCGCGAUUGCUAACGACACGGCUUCCCUGGUCCAGACGCUCUGCACAUAUCUUUUUAAGUACAGCGAAGGCAUUAUCCGAGCGAGGUCGAUGCUAUGCCAGGUAUACUUCCUAGCAUUGCACGACCAGUACUACAAAGCUCGCGAUAUGAUGCUCAUGUCCCAUCUUCAGGAGACGAUCAGCAAUUUCGACGUCAAUACCCAGAUCCUCUUCAACCGUGCUUUAGUCCAGAUCGGAUUGUGUGCGUUCCGCUCAGGCCUUGUGUACGAGGCCCAGACCUCACUCCAGGAGAUCUGUGGUAGCAACAGGCAGAAGGAACUUCUCGCCCAGGGUCUUCAGAUGCAGCGUUUCUCACAAAUAUCCCCGGAACAAGAGCGUCUCGAGCGGCAACGGCAACUUCCAUUCCACAUGCACAUCAACCUCGAGUUACUAGAAUGUGUGUACCUCACCUGUUCUAUGCUCCUCGAGAUCCCUCUCCUUGCCCAAAUCGGCUCUUCUCCCGACAUCCGAAAACGCGUCAUCAGCAAGACAUAUCGCCGUCUCUUAGAAUACCACGAGCGACAGAUUUUCACCGGUCCACCAGAGAACACCCGCGACCACGUCAUGCAAGCUUCCAAGGCGCUAUCUGCAGGCGAGUGGAAGAAAUCAGCCGAGUUCAUCAACUCGAUCAAGAUCUGGGAACUGAUGGCCGAGUCAGCAAAAAUCAAAGACAUGCUAUCCUCCCAGAUCCAAGAAGAAGGCCUUCGAACAUACCUGUUCACAUACGCACCCUUCUACGACACCCUCGCUAUCUCAACCCUGGCAUCCAUGUUUGAGCUCUCCGAACGCAAAGUCUCAGCCAUCGUCUCGAAGAUGAUCUCGCAUGAAGAGCUGGCCGCGGCAUUGGAUCAGGUCAACUUGGCUAUCAUCUUCAGGAAGGGGGUUGAGUUGUCCAGAUUACAGAGCUUGGCGCUUAGUCUUAGUGACAAGGCUUCGGGCUUGAUUGAGGCGAAUGAGAAGACACUUGAGCAUAGGACGCAGGGUACGGCGAAUGCGUUUGAGAGGCAGGGUGGAAGGGGUGGGCGUGGUGGCGGACGUGGCGGUGGGCGGGGAGGUGGGCGGGGAGGUGGGCCUAGAGGUGGGCGGAAUCAGCAGUUUACGGGUGGUGCGUUAGGGAGGGCUAUCCAGGCAUAAGCAUAAACAGAAACUGGACCUGGAUGUAGACCGCUUGUGGGGAUGGUACGAGUGUUGUGAUAUGAUCAUUAGCUGGAUUCUUUGAGAGCUGGGAGAGUUUGAUGGGCGAUAAUGGUUUCUCUUUGUUUCUCCUUGAACUGUCAUGGCAGGUGUUGUAGUGCUGAUUAGGCUCAGCAUUAUCUAGAGUGCAUCAAUGUGAU